AUGCUGGGUGCAAUGCAACCGUCACAGUCUCAACACCCUGCUCACAGCUCGCGGCCCCAGGGCAACGCAGAACAACAUUCACAGCGCCGUCCCUCAGGCAGCUAUUCAUUUCAACCCCCGCGACAGCACUAUCCGGCGUCAUCAUUGCAGAACGGCCCUCCGCGAGUAGAUCCGUACUAUAACCAACAUUCCAACCCGUCAAUAGCAAACCGUCUUCACUCCCCGCCACCCCAGCACUAUGGCUUUGGCCCUCGCCCCGUCCAGCCGGCUCAAAAUCGGCCACCUCCCACCUCAUACCCCCCACGGACUCCAUUACCACCAAGUGCGGGAGGGGCAGCUCUACCGGCUUCUAACGAGCCACACGACCUGUUCCCACUAUUUCGUGCGGCUAACGCAUCAAACUCGGGUUCUCUCAGUGCAUCUGAACUCGGUUCUGCGCUUGUAAAUGGGGACUAUACCUCGUUCAAUCGUGAUACCGUCACGAUGAUGAUUCGCAUGUUUGACCGGGACGGCAACGGCGCGGUAAGUUUCGACGAGUUUGUGGCUCUCUGGCGAUUUUUAGCUGCAUGGAGAGGAUUAUUUGACCGAUUUGAUGAAGAUAUGAGUGGGCGUAUCAGUUUCCAGGAAUUCAGCAAGGCGCUGGUGGCGUUCGGAUACAAACUUAGCCACACAUUUGUUCAGACUUUGUUCAACACAUUUGAAAGCAAGGCCCAGCGGAAUACAGCUUCGGUCCCUGGACGGACCGAUGGAAUGAGCUUCGAUCUCUUCGUCCAGGCUUGUAUAACUCUGAAGCGGAUGACUGAUGUUUUUAAGAGAUACGACGAUGAUCGGGAUGGAUAUAUAACAUUGAGUUUCGAAGAAUUCCUGACAGAAAUCUUACCACUUCGAGAAUAA